UAAAACCAAGCCAAAGAGGCAAGGCACAUAGUCAAAAGCCCGAUUCUAGAGAAGGCAAAAAAACGUAACAGCAGGGGUUUUAGCAUGGACGGAGGAAGCAAAGCAGAAAAAUUACAGGGCCUGAGCACAUUUGGAAUCGUGGGGGAGUCCUUGAGAAUACUACGUUGCUACCCAAAAUUGAUUGGGGCCAUAACAGUGACCCUAGUUCUGCCCCUUUCAUUAGCCACGUUGCUCCACACUCUCAUCGCAGUGCCCCUCUCUCUGCAAAUCCUUUCAGACCAAUUGAACCUCAUAACAGGUGACGAUGUCUACGACCUUCGGGCUCUGCACGACUCACGCCGCCAGCUGUCGGUCUUCGUGGCCCUGGAAACCACCUACGCCGUUUUUGUGUACGCGCUCUCGUUUCUUCUGACGGCGGCCAUGGCCUUCACAGUGGCCUGCUUUUACAGCACAAAACAAGAGCCGUCUUUCGCGAAGCUCACGAGAGCGCUUCCGGGGAUGUGCAAGCGCAUCGUGGUGACCUCCGCGUGGCCGUUGCUGGGCCACGUGGGCAACGUAGUGGGGUUCUCUGUGACCGUUUGUUUGCUCAUCUGGGGAUUCAACUACUUCAAUGUUUCGUCUGCUGGGCCAUUCAAUGCGGCUCUGAUAGUGACGUGCGUGGUUUAUGUGCGCAUUUGGUUGUCUAUCGUGGUCGUCUGGAGAUUGGCCUGCGUGGUGUCUGUUCUAGAAGAGAAAUAUUAUGGUUUAGAGGGAGUGAAGAAGAGUUAUGGUCUUAUCACUGGGAAGGACACGACAGCUCUGGCUCUUACUUUUUUUUUUCUUAUGAUCAAAUCGGGGCUCAGUUAUUUGGCUGUUAAUGGGAAUUGGGAUUCAUUGUGCAUGGAGGAAAGUAGUGCCUAUGGAACUGUGCUUUUGAUGCUGGAAUGUGUGGUUACUAUGUUGGGGCCCUUGACGCAGAGCGUGCUGUAUUUUGUAUGCAAGGCUUAUCAUGAUGAGAGCUUUGAUCAAUGGUGGAUUGUUGAUCAGUUGAAAGGCUCUCUUGGAGACUAUUUGCCCAUCAAGAAUACGGAUUUAAGUCUGAACAAUUAGGUGGGUAUUAGAGGAUGAAUGUAAUUCGUCUGUGUUGUUGUAUAUUCAUUGAGGUUUCUGUAUAGGUUUAAUUUGCGUAGUGCUAAGCAUUACGUUACAUGUUGGAGAUUUGUAAUAUUGGAAAUUCUUGGUCUAAUCCAGAAGUUCUGGAUUAGGUUGCUGUUAGCCAAUGAAUUGUGUGUUAUUUGGGAUUCCAGAAGCAUAUAAGAUUGUAUUUACAUGGUAAUUGGUUCUGUUGUUUUAGUCGUGACGUAUGCGUUCUGGUUACUUAGUUUUCAAAGUCGCUUUAAUGACGGAACCUGUAUCUUAUCCGUAAGGAUGCUUUUGUUUACAUUUUAUCAAAAGAAAAAUUGUUUAUUCAA